GGAGCAACAGCUGUUACUAACAGCUGAUUGAUCGGCAACAUUUUAUGUUUGUCCGUUAAGUUUCCGUUGCGGUUAUUUAUCAAUUAAAAUAAUGCAAUAUAGCUUAUUACAUGCAGCCUUUAGGGGCUACAGGCUAUUGGUGAGACAACAUGCACAUUUCAUCAAACGUUGUUAUAGUGGAGAUAUUAGAAACAUUGGGAUUUUAGCACACAUCGAUGCAGGCAAAACAACAACAACCGAACGUAUGCUUUUCUAUGCCGGGAAGACCCGGUCCUUGGGUGAAGUGCACCGCGGCAACACGGUAACGGAUUAUCUUACACAAGAGCGCGAACGAGGCAUCACUAUUUGUAGCUCAGCCGUUACGUUUGGCUGGAAUGGUAAGCGUAUUAAUCUGCUAGACACGCCCGGUCACAUUGACUUUACAAUGGAGGUAGAGCAGUCUCUUUAUGCUGUUGAUGGUGUUAUUAUUGUGUUGGACGGCACUGCUGGCGUGGAAGCUCAAACCGUCACCGUUUGGACGCAGGCAGACAAGCACAAGCUGCCACGACUUAUUUUCGUUAAUAAGAUGGAUCGUCCCGAUGCGAAUUUUGAAAAAUGCAUUGACGAUUUAAAGACGAAACUGGAUGCUAAGCCCAUCUGCUUGCAAAUUCCUACAAAGAACAUUGACGGACAGUUGGGCCUAUACGAUGUGAUAACAUUGGAGCACUUAACCUGGGAACAAAAGGAUUUUGGUCGCAUUUAUAACAAAGUUAAGGUGGAAUCGUCUGAUGCGCUUCGAAAAUUGCAAGAUAAACGCAGCGAAUUGAUUGAUGAGCUAUCCGGAAUCGAUGACGAAUUGGCUGAAGUUGUCAUUAGCACUGAGAGCUUCGACAAUGUCAGUAAUGAGCUAAUUGUGCAGGCACUGCGACGCGCCACGUGCAACCAGAAGGUUGUGCCCGUACUGUUGGGCUCCGCAUAUAAAAAUAUUGGCAUACAAUGUUUGAUGGAUGCUGUGAAUGCUUAUUUGCCAACACCCGGUGAACGAAAUCAGAUAUAUAAUUGUUUUGGCAAUGAUCUAGCGGGCAAGGUGUUUAAAAUUGUGCACGACAAACAACGUGGUCCACUGACUCUGGUGCGCUUGAUACGUGGGGAGCUGAAGCGAGGAAUGCGUGUUCUCUCUUCAGGUGGACAGGCGGAGGUUAUAACGAAAAUUUAUGAGCCACUGGCUGAUGAAUAUCGAGAAGUGAACUCCAUCCAGGCAGGCGAUGUGGCCAUUUGUUCGGGCCUUAAGUCAACAGUUACUGGUGAUCUGCUUACGACCAGUCACACAUCCUUGAAGAAUGCACAGAAACGUUAUAUGCAGAGUCGCGACACCGCUGCUCCACCAAAAGAUAUCGAGAAUGAUGAUGAUGAUGAGUUGGACGUGAGUCAUGAGCUGUUUUCCAUUGAACCCAAAAUACCUGAUGCAGUCUACUUCUGUUCCAUUGAGCCGCCCAGCAUAUCAGCGCAAACGGCCAUGGAACAGGCGCUCAAGCAACUCCAGCGCGAAGAUCCCAGUCUGCGUGUUAGCUAUGACUCGGUAACCGGGCAGACAGUUCUUGGCGGCAUGGGUGAACUCCAUAUGGACAUCGUUAAGUCACGUAUGCUAACUGAAUACAAAAUCGAUGUGGAUCUGGGUCCGUUACAAAUUGCCUACAAAGAGACUAUCGAGGCGCCGUCCAAGACAACUUUGAGCGUGGAGAAAGAAAUUGCGGGCAGCAAGCAAAACGUGAAUAUAACCCUGGAGCUUGUCAAUAAUCAGAGCGAGCUUUUCAGCUUAGAUAAAUCACCUGAGAAUUUGCAAAAUCUGAAUGCCCUGCGUCCUAGGAUUCUUCAAGUGCUGCGCAAAGGAGCAACCGCUGCUUUGGAGCGUGGACCACGAGUUGGUGGUCACGUAGUGGAUACUCAGAUACGCUUACACAGUAUCACUGUGGGGCGUGGCACUGCCGACUCAUUCGUAAUGGCCGCGGCGGCACAGUGCGUACAAAAGCUCCUAAGCACAAGUGGCACACGGCUAUUGGAACCCAUCAUGACCAUCCAAAUUGUAGCCCCCAAUGAACGUAUAUCUGCAAUUAUGGCAGAUCUGUCUAGACGCCGCGCACUUAUAAAAGACGUUGCGCCGAAAGGAGACAGGAAUAAGCAAAUUUUUGUGAAUGCACCCUUGGCCGAGCUAUCCGGCUAUUCCAGUGCACUGCGUACGAUCAGUUCCGGUACGGCCAGCAUGACAAUGCAGCCAUGCGGCUUCUCUGAAAUGAACGCCGUUGAUGAAUCGAUAGCCGUGCGUCGUGCUCAGGGCUUGGACUGACAUAUUAAUGGCUGCCUUG